AUGCUGAGGGACACCGAGAGUGAUGGCAGCGAAAUUGAGCCAGAGGGUAAUGCAACCGACCCGGAUGGUAGGGAAACCGACCCGGAGGGCACUGUCGACCCAGACGGAAGCACAAUUGAGCUAGACGGAAGCACAACCGAGCCAGAUGGCAAAGACACCGAGUUGGAGGGCAAUGCCAAUGAUAUGGAUGAUACCGAGACUGACCCAGAUGGCAGCACGACCGAGCCAGACGGCACAAUCGAGCGCGAUGACACUAUCGAUCCGGAAGGCAGAGCAAUUGAGCCAGAAGGCAGCGAAACCGAUCCAGAAGGUAAAACAACCGAGGCAGAGGGAAGCAAGCCUGAACCAGACGGUCGGGGGACCGAGCUGGAAGGCAAGACCACCGAACCAGAGGGCAACGAAACUGGCGGCACCGAAAUUGACCCUGAUGGGAGCGAAACCGAUCCGGAGGGCAGGCGGGACACCGAGAGUGAUGGCAUGGAAACCGAGCCGGACGAUGAUGCGGAGCGGGAUGGGCUCGCAGACUGGCUUGAAGCAGAGGCAGAUUGGGAAACGCUCGAUGACGGGUACGCCGGAGGGGGUUGA